GAGAGAAGGGAGGGGGACGGAGGGCAUGAAAAGAAAGGGACAGAGAAACGCUGGAGGCUCCGAGAAAAGCUCUCUCUGUAAGUGACUUCGCUUCGCAGCUUCCGAGGUCGCUGUCGAUGAAAAAACCAAGUGCUUUGCGUGUUGUGAAAUUGUGAGGAGGAAGAGGCGCAGGCGGAAGAGAAAAGUAAGAGUAAAACUCUCCAGUACGCAGUAGGCACAGUGCGCACCUACCUCCACUGUCCAAGGAGAUCACGCACAGCACCAAACACUUUCUCUCUCUACAUCCGUCGACUUUGAGAUUUAUUUGAACUUACUAUUUGAAUCCGGCGAAUGCGAACGUUAAUCCGAAUCCAAACCCGAACUUGAACCGGAUCGGAGUGUGAACAUGGAUCCGCCGACGCUCGUAAACGAGUGCUCGUUCUCCAACGCCAAUGCGACGUCGUUUAAUUUCUCUGAGAUGUGGGAGUUCCAGAUGAAUAGAACCGGCGCGAGCGCCGGUGACUCCGGCGGAGCUUUGGGGCUGCGCAGGCCGAACUUUUCGCAGAGUUUCGCGCAGUUUGGGGACGUCUCGGGUGCGAUUCGGGACGUCUUGGCCGGUAGUGAUCCGAAUCCGAUGAGAGGGCAUGGCGGUGCCGCGAGGAAAAGGCGCGAGGCCGACGACGAGUCUCCAAAAAGCAGUGGCAAUAUUGGCGCGAGUGAUUGUGAUGCGAAACGGCUUAAAACAUCAUCUCGCUGCAGAAAUGAGAGUACUCGCGAGCUGAAAGCCGAAGUGGAAACCAGUUCAGGCAAGCCGGCGGAGCAAAACGCUCAGCCGCCUGAUCCGCCUAAGCAGGACUACAUACAUGUCCGAGCUAGAAGGGGUCAAGCUACUGAUAGCCACAGUCUUGCAGAAAGAGCUAGAAGAGAGAAGAUAAGCGAGAGGAUGAAAAUCCUCCAAGAUCUGGUCCCUGGUUGUAACAAGGUUAUUGGAAAAGCACUUGUGCUUGAUGAGAUAAUUAAUUACAUCCAAUCGCUACAGCGGCAGGUUGAGUUCCUGUCGAUGAAGCUUGAAGCAGUUAGUACAAGAAUGAACCGUGGAAUUGAGGCGUUUCCUGCUAAAGAUUUCGGUCAACAAACAUUCGAUAGUGCUGCAAUGGCUUUCGGUACACAGCCUCGAAGGGAAUAUAGCCGCGGCAAUUCACCCGAGUGGUUGCAUAUGCAGGUUGGUGGUGGUUUCGAUAGAACAACAUAGCCUAGAAAACUCGUCUUCAAACUGGGAAUAAAAGCACAAAGGGAACGCUUCCUCCUUCAGCAGCUGUCUAAAAAAGUAUACCGCGUUAUGUUAAAUCAACGAAGACCUCCUCCUCACACCCUACAUCAGGCAUGGAGUUGUGAUCAUUUCCGUCUACAAUGCAGCUUAAGUUAGUAAUGUAACUAAACAUCUCCAUGUGUUUGUGUGUUGACAAAUCGAACUUUUAACUUCGUGUAUCAUCGCGCCUCUAUAGCAGGCUACAUAUUCUUCUCCGUAUAAAUACCGAAACAAAACCCCCCGGGGCAAUUAGCAAUGUUCUUGUAAAAGAAUGCUGCUUGUUCUAUAUUUUCGAUACUCUCGUCACGUCUUGUGUAAACGUUGAUAUAACAUUGAUGAUUUGUUAUUAAGCUGAAACAACAUUAAUUAAAUAAAAUUAGUUCAGCUUUCUGGAA